AUGUGGGACUAACUGGUGUCGUUCCGCUUUGACCUAAAAACUCCUGUGUGGUGGGGUGACAGUUCUCCUCCUCUGUCCGUCCCUCCCUGCCCCAAUGUAGAAGACAGGGCAGAGUGGACAACUAAAAGGUGAGGGUCACCUUUGAGGAAGGGACUCCCGACUCCUCACCCCCAGGAUGAACUCUGCAGUGUCGUGACCCUUGGGGUUUGGUGUGCCCUGGAGAUGCGAGAUUUUCCUUUGGCAGCAGGAGGCACACACUCAGAGAAUGCUGGAACUUCAAGGAGGAAGGACCCACUUCCACAGCAGAGAAAAACAAAGAGGAAAAAGGCGAAGCGGCAGCCAGCACUGAGGGACGUACCAAGCAAGCAGUGGGCAGCUGCCUCUGCCCCCAGCAGCUACUUCUGCUGCAGCCCGAGAGGAACUCGGUGA